UUUUGGCGGGUAAGCAAAAUCUAGGGCUUUUCCCAUUCUUCCUCUUCUACGGUCUCCUUCCCCCUCCGUUAAUUUUCUCUCACCUUCGCGAUUCCCUCAAUUCCUUUCGCUCUCGCUCUCUCGUUCGUCGCCAUGGAUGAUCCUCGGAGGCGCAACGGAGGGUUCGAGGAGAACACCAUGGCCAUCCUCGAUUCCUCCGGCAUCGGGGGCUCGCAGGAUAUCCACGACGAUAGGAUUUCCUUCUUGGAAGCGGUGAGAUACGCUUCCCUCGUCUCUGAAUCUCCCUCGGUUCCCUCUUGGAACAUGUAUGAUGCCACUUUCCAGAUUCUCAGAGACAGCAGAUCUCUGGAGCUGGCAGUUGCCAGUUAUCAGCUCUUGAUUGAGUUAGAUAAGCGGUACCCAAGAGUUUAUUGCACAAAUUCUGGUGGAAUUGGUGAACUCGUCUUUGUUAAAGAAGCGUGGUCGCCCUUUAUUCUCGGCCAGGAGAAAUCUCAUGGCACGGGGGAGGGGGGUUCUAAAAGUACGGAUCGUCUGAUUGACUCUUUGAGAUUUUCUGUCUUAAUAGAGGACAUGGCUCAAGCAGUCAAGAGCAUGGAUUUUCAGCUAGGACUUAAGCCUGUGGAGGAUAUGCUGUUGUUUCAGUAUCUUGUCAGUGUUCUUGAAGCAGAUUUCAUACAUCGUCAUACUUUGUAUAAAGAAUCAUUGAACUGGGUCUUGUUCAGGGAAUCUAUGCUUAAUACGCUUUUGGGAUCACGCAAGUUGAAUUUUAAAAGCUUAGUCAGGGAUUUCAUGUCGCUUCUACUUAACCAGUGCCAGCAUCAUGUCAGAAACAGCUUGCCAGAUACUGUGGGCAGUUGUGCUAUAUCAUCUCAUGAUUCUGCUUUCUCUCUAGCAAUUGCAUUUCCUGAGCUAGAGAGAAGAACCUGUAGUGCUGUGCAAAAGCUUUUGACAUUGGUUAUGGAGAUUGAUGUGAUUAAAAAAGAAGCAGACUUGCUAGGAGUUACUUCAAGAAUUGAUGGCUUCAGGAUCCCUAUUUUAGAGAUCAUCUUGGAUGAACUUACAUACAAUCUAAAUCAUGUAUCAUCAUUUCUUGCGGUCUUCUCUGAACCUAAAUGGAAGUUGGAGAUUGUUUUGCAGUACUUCUCAAAGUAUUGUAUGAAGUCUUCUGUUCGAACUCGAAGGUCAAAUGAUACAGCCAAUGAUUUGACAUUGGAGAGUGUCAUGAAUUUCUUUUCAACCCCCACAGCUACCAAAAAUAUUGCCAAAAAAGUUACUUCAGAAGUGGCUCUUCUGCUCCUAGCACAUGCCUUUCAGGUCUGUGUCUCCCAACAAGUUGAUAUGAAUUUUAGUGGCUAUGCAAGUGAAAAGAUUGGAGGCACGGUUUCACAGAUUUCCAGCAAGUUUAUUUCUGCUUUUCACAAUCUCAGAGAAGUUGACGAGUAGGUCUAUAAGCAUUACUUCUAACUAUUUUGUGCACUUUGCAUUCUAGGAUUUGGAGAUUACACCUUUCGAGAAAGAAGCGCUUUUUACUGCUGCAACAAUUUUGUUGCAAGAACCAGAAAAUUAAUGACGAUGGAAGCGUGAUUUCCAUCAAACUAAAUUAUCCAGGUCAAGUUUUGCGCAACAGCAAAGGGCUUCAAGUCUUUGGUCUGCUUUACUAUUGAUGAGGAUGAGUUCCAUUUUCUCACUAGCUUUUCUGUAUAUACUAGCUUACAAAGUGAAGUGGUUCCAAUUGCUAUCAAAGAUUUGGAACCUUUUUACUUAACUCCCUUUCUUUCUCUUUUUUCUCUCUUUGGGGAUAAUGUUAGCUGCAUCACUUCAGUUUUGAGCAUCAAGUAAUAUUACUCUGGAAAGCUACUUGGAUGUAGACUCUGCUAAUCAGUAGAAUUUAUUUGUGAAAACCAGAGAACUAAUAUGAUGGGUUUCUUCGACUCGAUGUGUAUGUGGUGCACCAUUUUGUGAUUUAUGUUUUUUUUUUUUUGAUAAUAUAAUUUCUACUGUUUAAUUG